UCCGGCGGCUUUUCUGCACCCACCCUCUUCCUACUUCGCAUCGCUCUCGAUCAAAACUUGGAGCUACCCGAGACGCAGCUCAGUUUGUCGGACAGAGUUGGAAAUCAUUGGAUUCAUUGCCCCCUCCCAUCAGCCUGCUGCCAUGGACUACACAAAAACCCAGGCGACGGGCAGCUCGGUUGACAUGGAGAAGGAUAUAAACGACAGUUGGGCGAAGUUCCAGAAGAAGCUCGAUCUCAGCAGUAGUUUUGGUUACCUUGUCAAUGGCUUGCACAGAGACCUCGUUUCCGCGCUAAAGAGGGCCUCCGAACAGGGCGUCAGGGAGGAAGAGGCAUCGCGCCAGAUUUCCCGCUUCCUGUUUCCGGUCGACGAAGAGAAAAGAUUAGACCGAAAGAAGGACAGGUACAGAAACGCGGCGGAAGACAAGAGCAUUAUGGACGACUGUGUUCGCUGGGUGAUCCUCUCUGCUGCUGUGACCCCCGACAGUAAUGACCAAGAGCAGAAUAUUUUGGACACAAUACUGCGGGAGAGAGGCUAUCUUGCCUUUGAGAACAUUAACCACGAACCCAUCAAGAACAGCUGCCGGUCGAAAGCUCAUCAGGAUAAAAGCCUCAAGAGCGAGAAGUCAACCAUCUUUCACCAGGCGAUCAGACACAGGAACGCAAAGGCCAUCGAGAUCAUCCUUUCCAGGGGCAAGGACUUCUGCGAUAAGGUCCGCACCGGCACGGUCCCACGCAGAGAUGGCGCUUUCUGGCCUGCUGAAGAUGCUGCGAGUCCCAAACUUGACCUGCUGCUGCAUGUGGCGGGGCACAAAGACAAGCACGCAAACACCGCGCUAGACAUCUUGGCGGAGGAUAUCGACGAACAGUAUACUUUCGAGGCGUUGAAGACACUCCUCGACAAGCUCCCCGGCCUCGUGGAGAAGGCCGACAAAUUGUUCGAGACGGCUCUCGAAAACGACAAGUUCGAGAUUGCGGCGAAACUCCUCGAGCCCAAGGAGGGCCAAAAGCUAUUCGCCACGAGCAAGUACAUCAAGAAAGCCCUGGCGAAAGUGACCCCGGCCGACGAAGAGAGCUCUGGGAACCCGCGAAUGAAGAUGGUUCAGGACCUCCUCUCGCACGCGGGGACGGAGGCUAGGUUUAACAUCGAGGUGCUGGGCAAUUUGAUACACCACGGGCUGAUGAAGACGUGGGACACGAUAGCUAAGGACGUGCCCGAGGAGUGUCAACGCCGUCUGCUUCACCUCGCCGUUUUGCGUCGGAACUUCGAGUUUGCGAGAAGGUUUCUGAAGGAAUACCCUAAGUUGGCGAAGGAAAAAGUCAGUUUCCCCGAGUUCCACAAAUCGCUCGACAGUACGGCAAUAGAAGAGGGGUUCUAUCCUCUGUGGUACAACAACAAACAAUGGGACGAGGGCAAGAGGGGCUGGGUUGACUGCAAGGGAGAUAAAUCCAUACGCUCCCUUAUCGUUCAUCACACCAUCAGAACCGAGAAGAAAAUGCAAGAUCUGGCCAUCACUUUCCAAAAAUCAGGAGAGCCAGCAAAGGAUCUCUGUUUCGACCUCUCCGGCUUCACUUCCAAGCGGUAUCAGGUAUCAGACUUGGUCGAGUCGCUGACCGACGACGAGAAGAAGCUGGUCGAGUACGAGGAGACUUUACGGUAUGUUGAGUUGCCACCGCUCGACCUGAACGCCGAAAAGUGGGAGACGUUCCACGAAAAUAAAUACCUGGCAGUUGAGCACAGGGAAGCUUUCAAAAUCCUGAAGUGGCUCCGCAACAAGCACCAGGUGCAAAACAUUAUCAGCCUCAAGGUGCCUGACCGUCUGAUCAACCCGCACGACGAGUGGGCGAUCGCCGCAGAAGUGAAGAAGUUCAAAGUCGAGAAUCUCGACUGGCGCUUCCUCGAUAUGUCUAUAUACGUCCUGGAGGAAGGAGAGGUCCGGGAUAGGAUCCGGGAGCUCGACCUAUACGCGAGCGGAAAGCAUGCGCCAAUCAGACACUGGCUGAGCAGCGAAGGUGUCCAGUCGCUCCGCAACCUCCGGAUUCACGUCAUACAGGAAAUGGGGAGUGAGCAGUUCUGUGAAGCCACCGUCAAACGCAUUAAAGAGGAGUUCGAGUUCCUCGAGCCGAGGGUUAGUGUGACUGUGCUUGCGGAGUUUUGGAAUGGACGGCCAAAACAACCCAACCUAAACGAAUUGGCUCAGCGGGUGGCUCCCCAGCUAUCCCAGUUCAUCCGGAGCUACCGUAUGUUGGCGCACACAAGACGCCAAGAAGAUCCAAACAAGGGCUUCAUGCCGAUCAAAGUGGCGAUCAUUGAUAAUGGCAUCCUCAGCAUAGCACCCAAGGCGCAGGACAAACUGCGAGCGGCGUCCGGCGUCGGCAAGGAGCAGCGACCCAAGAGUGGUUCAACCAAAGACCAGCCCAACAACCAGGACAACGCCAACCGACCUGCCGGCAAGGAAAACAGCAGCAGCGACUGGGCCGAAUUCUUUGGCGACAAUAGUCUGUCAUCACGGAUCGAGCUCGGCUGUUCCUUCGUCGGCGAGACGGCCAAGCUCAGCCCCUGGUCCUUCGCUUCCAACCCCCACGGAACGCAAAUGGCCAACCUGAUUUGUGCCAUCGACCCGCUGUGCAAGCUCUACGUGGCCAAGGUGGCGGACGGCAUGAGUGGGAUAAAGCCCGAGAGGGUAGCGAGGGCUAUCGAAUGGGCGAUCUCCAAGGGGGUCGACGUAAUCUCUAUGAGCUUCACCAUGCUUGACAGUCACGACGAUCUGAAGACUCAGAUGAACAUAGCCAACACGAAGAAUAUUGUCAUGGUCUGCAGUUACCACGACGAAGGGUCCAGGGUGUUCGAGGCGUGGCCGGCGGCCCAUCAGUCGAGCUCAAAAAUGGUCAUUGCAGCUUGCGACAAGUACGGCAAGCUUAUCCGGGACGUGGCGGAGAACGACAAGCCGCUUUACGAUUACAAGGUGGAGGCCGUCGACGUCCCCGCGGGCGCCAUCCCGUUCCUCGACUCAAAUGACCGCAUCUCGGGCAGCUCGGUGGCCACCGCGCUGGUGGCGGGCUUGAGUUCCCUGAUCCUGUCGUGCUACCGGCUCGCCCACCCACAACUGUCCGCGAACACGCGCUAUCAACAGCAGAAGAUGCCUAUCGAUAUCAUAAAGGAGCACCUGGAUCGGAUGAGGAACGGGCCGGCCGACAAAUAUCUCCUCCUCGAGAAUUUUGCCAAGACCAAAGAGCAGAGCAAGGAUGGCAGCAUCCUCGGACCCAGCGAUGUCUUCGCGGAGUUGUUCGGUCUGAAAAAGCAGGUGCGGCUUGGGGCUUGACAACGAGCAGUAAGCAUAGGCGGCAUCAUAGGCCUGGACUAGCCAUUGAUCUGUACUUUUUUUUUCUAUUUCUUUUGCUUCUUGUUUCUUAUGGCCUCUUUCCUACGUAAUGCUGGUGACAGGUGCCCUAGCAGCCUAGCUUGUCUACUCGCUGCCCCCCCCCAAUCGGCCCAGCGAGUAGGCACUGGGCAACUAGACACCCAGUCAAUUUGGCACUCCUUCUUUCGGAAUAAUUCUGCCAGUGACGCUCUAUUAUAAGUAUUUAAGUGACAAUGCCUUUGAUUGGGCAGCAGUCCUGCUGUGCGGCAAGUUUAACCGUCCACGGAUUACUCUUGAAGGAGGAAAUUCCAACGUCGAGAUUCGCAUUAGGCUGAAACUUGCGGUCACCUCCUACACACAGUU